CAUAAAAGUUCUUAACUUAAGUGCCAAAAAGUCCUAAGUUGUCCACUUGCCUAAGUCCCCUACCUAAAAUGAGAUUCAUAAACCUGCUCAGUGCCCCACUUGGCCAGGUUGACCGCUUAAGUUUGAGUGCACCACUUAUCUUUCUUGAAAAGACAUUCCCAGGUACCCGUGUCACAUUUCUUGUGGAUUUGCGCUUGUUGUAACUGCAUUGUUCAUUGAUCAUGGGCAUUCAAAUGUGCAUUCUGUAGGGCCUACACCAUAGGAGAUACAGAUUAACAGGCAGACGAGACACAUUUAGACAAAGUGCAUGUACUUGCUCGUUAAUUAUGGGGAGGAAACCGAACUUUUCUGAUGCGGAAAAAAUCCGCCUCAUUGAGGCGUACGAUGCUCGGAAAGGGUUACUAGUGGGGAAGUUUUCGUCAAAUGUUUCAUCGAGGCGCAAACAUGAUGCUUGGCUUGAAAUAACAGAUAACGUAAAUAGUCGAAAUCCGCAUGUUGUGCGAGAAAUGACAGAACUACAGAAAAAGUGGCAGAAUCUGACAUCAGCUAUGAAGGACGAAUAUAGGGAAUACAAAAAAGCGCUAGGAAAGACAGGUGGUGGACCCCCUCCUAAGGAACCGUCGAUAAUUUCACAGAAAGUUGCAGCUGUUAUUGGCGAAGAUGAUCCAUCCGUAUAUGGUAUAGAUGGCGGCUUUGAUAGCGGUGCACCGAAACCUAAAAUCGCUACAUCAGUAAAUACUGUCCCGCGCCUGAAUAUCACCCACAGCGUUGCAACCAACGACAGUUCUUUCAGCGAGAAUGAGGAAGAGAAUCAAACUGAGUCUUUUCUUCAAGAACCCAAGAUGCGGACACAAAAACGAAAAGCUUCAUCAUCCCUUGGUUGUGCCUCGGCAGCCCUCGCCAGUACCUCAACUAAAUUCCAAAGAUUGGUGCAGCCUUCUCCUGUGAGGUCUUCAUUGCCUAAUCCUUGCCCACCGCUUCCCAAGAACACUGAAAAGGAUAAAACCCUAAAGAAUUUAGGAAAUACGGACGAGAUGGUAGUACUGCAGAAAGAACUGCUUGCUUCUGAGAAGGAAAGAUGUGCGCUCGAGAUGGAUAAGCUUAAACUUGAAAAGGAAAAAUUGGUUCUAGAAAUUAAAUUGUUGAAAAUGAAAACAAGUAAGAUGGAGAAGGAGAUGGAAAAUGCUUCUGUAAAUUCAUUUCAGGCAAACGAUGAAAACAUAUUUACACAGUUGUAAAUAUUUGUCAAAAACCUUUGAAAACAAAUAAAUUGUGUGUAUGAGCAUAUAAUAGAUACGUAUUUGUUACACUUACUUGCCUUAGAAAUGUUGCUGGACAAUGUGAUCUCUUGUAGCAGUUCCAUUUACACCUGCAAAUGCUACGAUAUUCCCUUCAUCGUUCCCAUCCUCAUCGGGUUGUGGCCGAUGUUCGAUAUCAUCCAUGUCUGCUGGAUCGAAAUCCGGUAGAGCUUUGUUGAUAGCAAUGUUUUGCAACAUUGCACACGCAGUAAUGAUUGCACAUGCUUUCUCCGGUGUAUAACGCAGUUUUCCAUGCAGACAGUGGAAUCGCCUUUUCCAUUGACCGAUGCCCCUUUCAACCAAACACCGAGUUUUCUUGUGAGACCGAUUGUAUCGUCGUUGCCCGGGGGUGUUAGGGUUCAAAAAUGGCGUCAUCAGCCAAGGACGCAAUGGAUACCCACUGUCACCAAGGAUGACCUCAUCUCCUUGCCAACGUCUCAUAAUGUCGGUUACGGCGCUUUCUCGGAGCACAACGGAGUCAUGGGUGCUACCGGGCCAUCUAGCCACAACAUUCAUAAACCUAAAAUGUGCAUCAAAAACAACCUGUACAUUGAUGGAAUACCAGUUUUUCCUGUUUACAUAUCUCCACUCAUGAAACGAAGGUCCUAGAAUCCAAAUAUGCGUUCCAUCGACCACACCGAUAACACCGGGAAAUCGAGCUAUCUCGUAAAAAUCUGCAGAUAAUUGAGGUGUGUCCUCUUGUCUCGGAAAUUUGAUGAUGUGUUUUAGAGAAUUGUUCAGUGUGGUUGUUACCUCCGCGAUCACUCGACUCAUGGUUGGCUGCGAAAUGUGGACAGUAUCACCAGUAACCUGUUGGAAUGAUCCGCAAGCAUAAAACCGAAGAGUCGCAAGCAACUUCAACUCAGCAGGCAGCGCGUAAUUCCUCCUAGUUUUCGAUUCUAGGUCAUCCCUCACAAGAUCAAUCAAUUGAAGAAUUGUCUGCCGAUCAAACCGAUAUCGCUGGUACAAUUCCAAGUCAUUGUAAGCGUCCAGUGGAUGCAGCCGAUCACGAAAAACCCUUUCCCUGCGAAUUGCACGUCUGUGUGCAAAUGCAUGUUGCCAAGCUAACAUCAACGCAGCCAUCUCCGUUGAGCACCGUGCACAAAAUGAACUGAAAGAACCAGUCCACUUAGAGCGGGACUUAGAGUUAAGACUGCUCCAGAGGUGUCUCAAAUCUAAGACUCGAUUUGAGUGGUCCACUUGACUUAAGUAUGUUUACGAAUAUGACUUAUUUUAAGUAAGUACCCCACUUAAACUUAAGAUGCAUAUUAGGUGCCCCACUUUGACUUAAGUUGCUUUAUGAAUAUGGG